AUGGCGGGGAAAAUGGUUCUGUACAAAUUGGUGGUGCUGGGAGAUGGCGGCGUAGGGAAGACGGCCUUGACGAUCCAGCUCUGCUUGCAACACUUUGUUGAGACAUACGACCCAACUAUUGAAGACUCCUACCGCAAGCAGGCCGUCAUCGACAACCAGGCAUGCAUGCUCGAGGUGCUCGACACAGCAGGGCAAGAAGAAUACACGGCGCUACGAGAUCAGUGGAUCCGGGACGGCGAGGGUUUCCUUCUAGUCUACAGCAUUUCAUCACGGUCAUCCUUCACGCGCAUCAAGAAGUUCCAUAACCAGAUCAAGCGGGUCAAGGAGUCGACACAGUCAUCGCCAGGUUACGGGUCGCCCUUGGGCGCCGCUGCGCCCGCUCUGCCCCCAAUCAUGCUUGUGGGGAAUAAGAGCGACCGCAUCGCCGAGCGCGAGGUCUCCACCCAAGAAGGCCACGCCUUGGCGCGCGAACUGGGCUGCGAGUUCGUCGAGGCCUCGGCCAAAAACUACAUCAAUGUCGACAAGGCCUUUUACGAUGUCGUCCGCAUCCUGCGCAGGCAACGACAACAACAACAACAGCUGCUAGCCGCCCCUCCCGGCACCAAGUUCGACUCGAGGAGUACCACGUCCUCGAGCCUGACCAAUGAAAAGGGCGGCCGGUACCGCCGCGAGCGCCGCAAGGGGGUGUGCGUCGUAUUAUGA